AUGACGGCAGCUUCCCUCCCCCCGCCGGGCUCUAGUUUGCCCCACGGCCGGGGUGCGCCGGAGGUCGGCUGGGGCAGCUUCCUCUUUGGCUUUCCUGUCAGUGCCAAAGUACCCAUUCGACACCCGCUUGGCCGGUUCUUCUUGUCUUCCCUUUCGUAUUCUCUCGUCACCAUCCUCGUCUUCUGCUCAAGAGACGAGCUGAAACCCCUGGCCAUCACCAGACUCUGGCACCUCAAUUCAUCCCUUCCUCGCCAUCACCGCCUUCACCACCACUACCACCACCACCACCUCAAACAGCUUCCUCGGAGCUGCCGUCCAGCUCGCGCUUCCCUCUCUUGGUCCCGGGCCCAACCCACCCACACCAAAAACUCGCCCCACAUUACACUCUCCAUUGAGCUCUCGCCACGACCCAAGCCCUCGCAGCUGCUUCCCUUCCAGCUGCUCGUCCUCGGCUUCGUCCGCCACGCCUGGAGCUUCUCCGAGCUCUUAGCUGCGCUUGGUGGGGUCAAGAUGCCGCCUCGCUCAUCUCUCACUUCGUCCUUUUCCAUCACUGAUGCCAACAAUGAGGUCAUAUGUCCUCUAAGCAAUCAGGAUGGCUCCAACUGCCGCAAAAGAUGCAUUGGCGAGCAUAUCCGUCGAGCUCACCCAGAGCACUACAUCUCCAAGCUGCCCGCCACCGAAGAGAGCUUCAUGCUCAUGGUCAGCACGCCGCCCUCCGAACGCCCCCCCGUCGACUCGAGUCCGACUGCGUCUGCACAAGCUGCUGCUGCUGUCCUUGCCGAGCUUCACGGCGUCAAGUCGGAGCGGGAAAUCGACACAGACGGAGGCUACCAUUCCGACGUGGAUGGCCGUCGCAUUCCUCAAACAUCCAUUGAGCUCCCGCCGCUCCACCAGCUGAACCAUGAUGUCACCAGCGACCCCUUCACCAACCGCCACCUCCUCCCCUCGCUCUUUUCCGGCUCACCCCCCGGCCGCUCUUCAACCCUACCGCCGUUGCAGCGUCCUACCGGUCCUACCCGCCCACGCAAGCAGUCCAUUUCUAAACGCAGAGAUGGGCACACCAGAAGGCCCUCCCGCGGCGCCGCCACCGCGGCUGAUUGGCUGAGACGCAUCCAAAACGACGACCGCACCAGGACCGGCGACCGCAAGGCCCUGUCUGUCGAGCCCACGGCCGACUUUGGCAAGCGUUGGGAGGACCUCAUUGAUGCCGCCACCUCGGCCAACGGCGACCUUGACGACGACCGCACUCCCAUGCCCCAGUCGCCCGUCUCCAUCCACCGCUCUUCCAUGCCGCCCUUUACCCAGCAAAACCUGCACCAAAACAACUACCAGGCUUCACCUCUGCAGCAAGCCCUGACCCCGCCCUCUCACAAGGAUCAUAUCGACCCUUUUCCGAGCGUUGAGAGCGGCGAAAACUUUCACAUGGGCACCGGCGGCCUCUCCGACUCGUCGCCCAUCUACUCGGCUCACAACAUUCAAAUAUACUGUGCCGCCUGUCAGGGCAUCUCACUCCUCAAGAACUCGUACGCCUGCACCGAGUGCAUAUCUGGCUUGUGCGCCCCCUGUGUCGAGAUCCUCAUGGCCGAGCACGGAGCAAGGAGGAAGUGCCCCCGCUGCGCCACCAUCGGCGGACAUUCCUUUGAUGAAGUAGACUAUAUGAUUUCGCUUCUCCCGCUUCUCCCGCUUCUCCCGCUUCUCCCGCCUCUUUCGCCUCUUUCUACCGCUCCUUCUACCGCCUCUCCCAACCACCUCUCUCUUUCGCCUCUUUCUACCGCUCCUUCUACCGCCUCUCCCAACAACCUCUCUCUACCGCCUCUUUCUACUCGGUUCUCUCUUUUUGCUCUUAGACGUACAGGACACGGCUACUACAACAUUCCACCGGCGCAUUCGGAACCACGAUACAACGAUACACUCUUCUUCUUUUGGGGCCAGUCCCUGCUCUUGGAUUCCUCGUUCCACUGGGCUCACGGACAGAGCAUUUUACCCUUCGACACGAGCCUAGUGCUGGCGUCAUUACACGUGUGA